AUGUCUUUGAAACAGAUUUCAGUUUUUCUGUUGAUUCAGCUGAUAUGCUACUUUAGACUUGGAACUUGUGGGAAAGUGCUGGUGUGGCCCACAGAAUACAGCCAUUGGAUAAAUAUAAAAAUAAUUGUGGAUGAACUUGUGCAGAAAGGUCAUGAAGUGACUGUUUUGACAUCUUCAGCUUCCAUCCUUAUUGAUCCUAGCAGUGACUCUUCUAUUAAUUUUGAGAUUUACCCUGUACCUGUGAGUAAAGAGGAGCUUCAAUAUAUGUUUCAAUCAUGGAUAGCUGAAUGGACAUAUGACUUUCAAAAAUACUCCUUUUGGACAUAUUACUCAAAGAUGGAAGAAGUCUUUAAUCAAUAUUCUGAUGUUAUUGAAAGCUUUUGCAAAGCUAUAGUUUGGAACAAGAGUCUUAUGAAAAAACUCCAAGAAUCUAAGUUUGAUGUCAUUCUUGCUGAUGCUAUUGGUCCCUGUGGUGAGCUGCUGGCCGAACUGCUUAAGACACCUUUAGUGUACAGUCUUCGCUUCUGUCCUGGAUACAAAAUUGAAAAGUACAGCGGGGGUCUUACACUCCCUCCUUCCUAUGUGCCUGUGGUUCUCUCAGAAUUUAGUGACCACAUGACAUUUGUGGAAAGGGUGGAGAAUAUGUUGCAAGUGCUGUACUUUGACUUUUGGUUUCAAACAUUUAAUGAGAAGUCCUGGAGUCAGUUUUACAGUGAAGCCCUAGGGAGACCCACAACAUUAUCUGAGAUGAUCGGAAAAGCAGAUAUAUGGCUCAUUCGAACCUAUUGGGAUUUGCAAUUUCCCCACCCACUUCUACCUAACUUUGACUUUGUUGGAGGACUCCACUGCAAACCAGCCAAACCAUUGCCUAAGGAAAUGGAAGACUUUGUUCAGAGUUCUGGAGAACAUGGUAUUGUGGUGUUUUCUCUGGGUUCAAUGGUUAAAAACAUAUCAUCUGAAAAGGCCAAUAUAGUUGCAUCUGCUUUUGCCCAGCUUCCACAAAAGGUUCUGUGGAGAUUCGAUGGUAAGAAACCAGACACCUUAGCAUCCAAUACUCGGCUGUACAAGUGGAUCCCCCAGAAUGACCUUCUUGGUCAUCCAAAAACUAAAGCUUUUAUAGCUCAUGGUGGAACUAACGGCAUCUAUGAAGCAAUCUAUCAUGGCAUUCCUAUUGUUGGUAUUCCAUUGUUUGCGGAUCAACCUGAUAAUAUUAACCACAUGGUAGCCAAGGGAGCAGCGAUUAGAGUGGACUUCAGCACUCUGUCAACUACAAAGCUUCUUACUGCCUUGAGGACUGUCAUUAAUGACCCUUCGUACAAAGAGAAUGCCAUGAGAUUGUCAAGAAUCCAACAUGAUCAACCAGUGAAGCCCUUGGACAAAGCUGUCUUCUGGAUUGAGUAUGUCAUGCGCAACAGAGGAGCCAAGCACCUUCGCCCAGCUCUCCAUGACCUCACCUGGUUCCAGUACCAUUCUCUGGAUGUGAUUGGGUUCCUGUUGGCCUGUGUGGCAGCUGUGGUAUUCAUCAUCACAAAAUGUUGCCUCUUUUGUUACCAUAAGACUGCCAACAUGGGUAAAAAGAAGAAAAAGGAAUAG